CCGAAGCAGGUAGUAAACACCUCCAAUGUCAUCUGUCAAAACGUUGGUUAGACAGACACAGGGUCGAGGUUACUACAGAGAGGGGAUCGUAAAAUCACUUAGCUUGGACAGUUCAUGGAGGUCGUGUAGCUACUCUAUUCAUACCUCAGUGAUUCUAACGGCCGCAACAAGGAUAUAUUAGCUAGCAAGUUGAUAGCACAUUAGCCUAGCUAGGAGACGAAGACUGUUGCCAACUAGCGCAGCUGUGUUUCWUCAAACUGUUUAAGUGGCAAACGAAUCGGCAUCAAAACGUAUUAAUUCACCGAUAUUUGACACUCUUAAUAYCACAUUUGUACUGAAGAGUGGUGAUGGACUUUCUCGCUGGCUGCAUUGGAGGUGCUGCCGGAGUCUUAGUAGGACACCCUUUUGACACGGUUAAGGUGAGACUCCAGGUUCAGAAUGUGGACAAGCCUCUCUACCGCGGGACCUACCACUGUUUCCAGUCCAUCGUUCGGCAGGAGUCGAUGUUUGGGCUGUACAAAGGCAUCGGCUCCCCCAUGAUGGGCCUAACCUUCAUCAACGCCAUAGUGUUUGGAGUGCAGGGAAACGCUAUGCGUUACCUGGGCCAUGACACCCCUAUGAACCAGUUCCUGGCCGGGGCUGCAGCCGGAACCAUCCAGUGUGUCAUCUGCUGCCCCAUGGAGCUGGCCAAGACACGCAUGCAGAUGCAAGGCACUGGGGAGAAGAAGUCCAAGAGGAAGCUGUACAAGAACUCCCUGGACUGUCUGGCCCGUAUCUACAAGCGGGAGGGGCUGUCGGGGGUGAACCGUGGCAUGGUUACCACGCUGAUCCGAGAAACCCCCGGUUUCGGAGUCUACUUCCUGGCCUAUGACGUCCUGACUCGCUCCAUUGGCUGUGAACCUGACGACCCCUACAUGAUCCCCAAACUGCUAUUCGCCGGUGGGAUGUCCGGGAUUGCCUCUUGGCUCUCCACCUAUCCAGUGGACGUGAUUAAGUCCCGCCUCCAGGCGGAUGGGGUGGGUGGGGUCUACCAGUACACCAGCAUCGCUGACUGCGUGCGGCAGAGCGUGAGGAGGGAGGGGCUCAGAGUGUUCACACGAGGUCUUACCUCCACCCUGCUCAGAGCGUUUCCCGUCAAUGCUGCCACCUUCGCCACCGUCACGCUGGUGCUGCUGUACGCACGGGGAGUGGAAGAGGGGCCCAAAGACUGUGAGCUGGGGCCCCCCAACACAGCUCACCACACACAGCUACCGCAGCAGACCCAGGCUUCCAGCUUGUGACCUGAGUCUGGAGGUGUUACUCCCACCAAAGCUGCUCUACUGUGGGGUGGGGGAGGGAGGGAAACCCAUUGGGACCCAAUGCCCUUUGAAUCGCUGAGUAUGGAAACCCAUAGACUCCUGAUAUAGCUAUAUGUACACUACCGUUCAAAAGUUUGGGGUCACUUAAACAUUUUCCUUGU